AUGGUACUGCUCAGGCCCCUGGCGCUUCUGCUUGCUCUGACUGUCUUUGAACUCCACUGCCUGCCCUGGUUCAUAAAUGUCUCUGAGAGCCAGGGACCCGGCACGAUCCUUCAGUCCUUCUCCUUCAACUGCACUUCUCAUAUCCCCACCCUGCAGCUGGUCCACGUGCAGCCACCCACCACCUUCUUCAACCCACCCAGCCUGACCAGGUGGCAGGGGACCUAUGUGGGCAUGGUGACCUUAAGCAGCUUGGCCCGGCUGGAUGCUCUAUCAGUGAAUCACUAUCAGCUGCAGCUGCGGUUCACGUGUGGCAACCGUGUGAUGGAAGGACCACUCUCUGUGAAUGUGCAGCGGGACCCUGCUCAUAGUGCAUGUGCUGGCCGAUUUGCCAGCCCAGCUGGAGAAAUAAUUCAGGUUCUGGAGACAGUCACACCUGGGGCCCGGCUGUACACUCUGCUGCUCCCAGGUCUGGAACUCCAGCAUGCCCAGAUAAGUGUCAUCAGUGCCCAGGACCCUCCAUACUUCCCUGGACCUUUCUCCAUCAAUGGUCAAGGUUGGCUGCUGGCGCCAUCCCAGGGCCUCAGAGGCCAGGCUCAAAAGGUCUUCCAGCUUCAGAUUUUGGUGACUUUUGGACAAAAUCAAAGCUGCCUUGGGAUGCUCAAGGUGAAAGUUUUGCCUGUUCCCUCCAGCCAGAUCUCCUUCCUGAAGCAGGCCUCGAAUAUCACCAUCCUGGAGGACCUGCCCCCCGGGGGUAAAGUGGUUCAGGUCCAUGCCCAGGGCUUCGAUAUACGCUACGAAAUCCUCUCCCCGGUGCCCUGCCCGCUGUUCUCCAUCGGACGUGCCGACGGUGUGAUUCGCACCACCGCGCCCCUGGAGUUAGCGCAGGCCCGGGGCUCGGCGGUCACCAGUCUGCGGGUGAAGGCCUACGAGCGGCUUUGGCCAUGGGCCAGCGUUGACCUGGAGCUCACGGUGAACGUGCGCUCAGUCAACCGCUGGCCUCCACGCUGCCUCCCAGCGAUGCUGGUGACCCAAAUCCCCGAGACCACGCUGGUGGGCACCGUGCUGAACACCUUCACUUGUGCCGAUCCAGACUCUCCUGGCUCCAUCCUGGACUACCAGCUGCAGUUCCACAGCCCUCCUGGCUCAGCUCACCUCUGCCUUCGAGACAGGGUCCUAGAGGUGAAUGCCACCCUGGACUGUGAUGCUCCUGGGGCCUGCUUUCAGCAUGCAGCCUCCAUCCUGGUGCUCGAUGGUGGUCAGCCCCUGAUGACCACUGAGGUGCCAGUACUGGUGAUGGUGACUCCUGUCAACGAGUUCUCCCCAACCUGUGUUCCACACAAGUUCCGGAUCCGGGAAGAUGCAGGGCCCCAUACUCUGCUGGGCUCUGUGGUGGGCAUGGACAAGGAUUACCCACACAACAGCAUUGAGUACUACAUCUCUGGCGGGCCUACCAUCUUUUCUGUGGAUCGUCUCAGUGGGGAGGUUCACCUCCUGGGAUCUUUGGACUAUGAACUGCAGACAUUGUACAGGCUCACUGUCCUGCUGAUUGACCAUAGCCAAGACCAGGACCCCAAUCACCACCGUUCUGGUUCCUGUACCAUUACCAUUGAGGUUGAGGAUGUGAACGAUCAUGCCCCCGAGUGUCAGCCUCCGUUUCAGGAACUCACCAUCUACACUCUCCUGGGCCAUAGUGUGGAGGUGACCAAGGUGUCAUGUUGGGUUCCCCAGGAGCCACAGCGUCUGGCCUUCUCCUACAGCAUUGUGGGAGGGAAUAGUCAGAGCCAAUUCAGCCUGCAAGGAGACACCCUGGUGUACAACAACAUCAUUUUGGGGCCCUCCUGGCCAGAGCAGUUCUAUACUUACGAGCUACUGAUCCAUGUAGCUGAUGCAGGUCCCUCCAUCCCCCACCUCAGCACCACAGCCACUGUCAUUGUGCAUCUAGUUCCCUGGAGCGCCAGCACAGUGGCCACUCACACCCACAGAGCCACAGUGCCUUCAGUGAGGACACCCUUGCUUGUGACCGACACAGAGACUUUCUGGCAGCCGGAGCCCUGGUUUGUGGUGGUGCUAACAGUGACCAGUGCCCUCUUUGUCUUGGCCCUGUGCUGGCUCCUCAGCAAGCUCUUCCAAGGGCUGGCCCAGAUGCAUCAGACACCAAGCAAACCAGCCCAGGCUUUGCUACUAAGCAGCAUCCAGGGAACUGAGGAGUCCUUUCAGGGAUUCAUGGAGGCACCCAGGAUGGAGAUGCCCCAAGCACCCAGCAAUGUCAACCUGAGACUGCAGCACUUUGAUGGCAGAGCACAGGACUCCCGUGAGUCCCCCUUUUCCCAAACUACUCUUCACCUGGGUCCUUCUCUCCUUAGCCCAUCUCAGCAUCUCCUCCUACCACCAGGCAUCCACUAUCUAUUCUUUCCCUGAAUGGGGUCUGUUCUCACCUUUCAGCCAAUGUUUUUUUUUUUUUUUU